UCUUAUCACACAAGUGUUCCUAACAAAAACCUGGUCAUAUCCAUUUAUAAAGUGCUCUCUGCAGGCAACAUACAAGUUUUCCCUUUCAUAUGUCUUUACACUUUUUCUAAUUUCCUUCCAAGUAAAACACACUUUAAGCACUUCUGCUCUUCACAUUUUGCCAGAGAAGAUCUAUAAAUUAUUUCCUUGGGGAGACAAAACUAGGAAAGUUUGUAAUCCCCAAUAAAGCCGACAACUUGUGUUUCAUCAAGCAGAACAGCCUGUGCUUAUUCCACUCUAUAUCUUCCCAGCCGAGUUGUCCUUUAUUACAAGAUGCAUAAAAAUGGUGACAAGGCCACGGGGUUAUAUCAUUUUCACACUGAGGGUGGUGUAGAAGGAGGAUUUUUAACCAAGUCCAAUAAGACUUUAUUGCCACAUAUAGUUAACCAACUGCAAAGAGCAGCAGGUAGUAGUAGGCUUUACUACAAUAAUAUUUGCUAACGCACUGCAUUGACAGGCAGCCUUCACAGCUUGGCUGCAAUUGGCUAGACUCAAACUGAAUGCAAAUAGCAUCCCAGCCAGAAGUUCAGUGGGCAGUUAGCACUAAGCAGCAGGAGUACCUUAAGCCACCAGCACAGACGACUCACUCAAUGGAUUAAUAGUGGUUGAAUAAUCAACAGUGCCUUAAAGCAGAAGAAAGGGGCUCAAUUCAGUCAAUCUAUUAAAAGCGGUGGUCAGGUAAUAGACCUGUCAUUUGUUUAGACACCUCCGCAGGGAUAACACCACACCUGUAUGGGGGCCAGAUGACAUUACCUGACUGGCUGGACACUCACCUGUCUGGACACUGUGUGGACUAAUGGACACAAAAAUUAACAGAUUAAAAUGUGGGAAGAAAAAGUGCCGAUCACUCAUCAUGUCCAAGGAUUAUUAUACUGAGGCUGAUGAUCUUUCAUAAGCACUUUCUUUGACAGCCAAGUUCAAGCAGGGAGCCAGGAGGGUACAGUAGUAGCUGUUUAAAAAAAUGUGGUUGACAGUGAACAGGGACAGAGACAUGGACGUCAGUAGUAUUGGACUGACAGCAGCCAGGUUAUGCUGCUAUUUCACUUUGAUGACACUAGUAACAGGACAGCCAUGGGCAGUAGAUGGAAGAAAGGUUCCAUAUAAAGGAGAAGGAGGCCAUGGAAUAGAAUUUCUAGUCACUACAAACAAUGUAACUGCCGAAGUUGAUGAAGAUGUUGAACUAAUAUGCGCAUUAAGAAACCUUGGGCCUAAAGUGGUAAUAUGGAAAAAGGAAGGCAUAUUACAGCCACUCACUGUGGGCACCUUCGUGUUCACUGAUGAUGAGCGUUUGUCCACAGCCUGUGAACUCAAGGGCCAGGACACCACAUGUUCCCUCAAGAUUAACAGGGUAUCUGUGGAUGAUGCCGGCAUCUACUUCUGUGAAGUUUCAACAAAUUUGGACGUUCAUCUGAAAUAUCAAAUACAACUUAAUGUAAAAGAACGUCCAUUGCUUCCUACAAAACCAGUGGUCCUCUCUGGGACAGAAUAUGUAGAAAAAGGCAGCCGAAUGAGACUGAUUUGCAAUGCUACUGGCACAGAAGAGCCUCCCACUGGUAUAGAAUGGUUUAAGAAAGGCAAGCGCUUGCAGACCAAUAUGAAAAAAGGCAUAGAAAUCAAACAAUAUGUUUAUAUGAAAACACUGAUAAGCAUAUUAGCCAUACAUCAAACAGAUAUGGAAGAUGCUGGGGACUACAUCUGUAGGUCCAGUCAUAGCAGCAAGGCCGUCAACAAAAUCAGUGUGCAUGUUUUAGAUGUAUCUACAACGAAUGUUAAACGUGAACCAGGAGCCCAGCCUUGUGAUCAGACAAAUGCUGAUGGCACUUGCAGCACUGGCAUUCACCUGCAACCCCCAAACAACCUUGGCACCUCCAGUCGAGUAGACAGCACUUUAACCAGAACAGACAAUGUAAAGAGUGGGAAAAUGGCAUCCACAAGACUUUCAUAUGCAUUAUAUCUAUGUACACUUCUUCUGGUGUCUUUCCAUCUUAAUUCAAGACUUUAGCAGUUCUCACUGAAUUAACUUGUACAAAGUACAAACUGAGAAAAAAUGCUCUUGGAUACCAAAAUAUGUGUCAGGUUGAAAAAGUUGUGUAGUCAAUAUUCUGUGUAACUGCUGGGCAGUUGGAAUGCACAUUCAAAGAUGGAAUCACAUGGUGCACCAAGACAUUGGACAUCUUCACACAGAAGGACAAACAAGACUGCUGAACUACAAAGAAUAAGCCAAUAAGCCAAAGAAGUAUGCAUCUUCUCUUUGUGGUCUGUGAAAUUGGUUUAACUAUUUUCACAAAAAAGGGCAAUUUGGAGCUCAACACUUGGCUGGUGCCUGUAAAAUAUGAUGAUGAAACUGUUAUUAAAUUUAAUAUAUUUAUUUGACAAACAAUGAGAUCACAAACACACUGGCUGAUGUACAUCAAUAACCAUGAGCUUAAUCAAUAUAGCAGAACAAAUGUGAGGAUACCUCAUCUUUAGAAACAAUGCAAUGGUUGUAUCACUGUCUCUAAUAUACAAUAACAGACAACAAUACUGCUAAGUUACAAUGAAAAAUAUGAACUGCCCUGGUCUAUAAUGUUUCAUGCAUCAAUGUGAAUCUUGUAAAAAUACAUUCACAACUUCAGUUUUAAUUGAUUUCUGAGGUUCAAUACAGAAAUCAGAUAAUACAUAGGCAUCUGAUAACUGCAUGUCAGAGUACCACAUGGAAAUGUUGAAUUUAUUCUUGGACUGUAUAAUCAUCUAGUCAGAUAGAGUUGACUGUACUUAAUUGUCUAGAGUAAAUCCAAUAAGAUGGUCUGUCAAACCAAUCCAGACUGUGGUCAAUUCAAUCUUUCACCACAUUUUUAAUGAAUAACAAUACCUCAGAAAUGAUGACGUGUAAAGAUAUCAUUCACAUGAGUGAUGAAGAAUUAUUGGUAUAUAAUAUAUGUACAUGCAUAAAUGCUACACAGUGGCGUAACUAGCAUAUUUAUCAUCUCACCUACGCCCAUGAAUCAACAAGGUUCAGGGCCAAAAUGAAGAGAAGAAAGCUUUUUUACUUAAAUGCCAUAAAAUACCAGACUGUUACAAGCUUUUAUUUCUAAGACAUUUUUCUUUAGUUUAUAAUUCUGUCAUAGAAAUGUAUCCCACCUUAAAAGUGCUUACUGGACAGACUUAUGCUAUAUUCAGAACUUGGAAAAAAUGUAAAUGAAGGUUGUAAAUAAUUUGAAGUGAUGAGGAAAAAAGCACUAAUAAAAGAUUUUACUGUCAUACCUGUUAAGGGCUUAAUUGUAUUCUAUUUAUUAUUCAUUGCUUGAAAAUAUCAACACUUCUUUAUGCAGUUGUGUGAUUGACUUGUAUACUAUUAUUAUGCACGUUGUAUAGGUUACUUACAGAAGCAAAAAUACAUUCUUUAUCUAAUUAAUUUGGACAGUUUGAUUUUUGUAUAAUCAAGGACAUGUUUAAUGUAAUUGAUAGUAAAGUGGGUUUAUCUAGUAUCUUUUUAUAUUUUAGCUUGUAACUACUACAUUUUUAUUAAUAUCACUGUACAGUUCAUGUUGUUGUGUAUUUAUUCCACUGCAUUACUGGUGCAUCUUUUUAUGCAACUUCCUUCUUUUCAGUGGUUUUGAAAAACAUUUUUCAGUUUUUUUUUGUUUGAUGCAAUAUGUGAUGCCAAAGCAUAAUAACAGUAAUGUGUACAUUUGUUGUAAACUUUUUUGUGUUAUUUUGAAAAACCAAUUACCAUUACCUUUACAGUCAAAUAGUAUAGAGGAUGUUUUGCUUUCAAUUCAGUUUACAUAGCAAUGAACAUCCUGUAGCCCAGGUUAAACCUAACUAUUGUAAAACAUUUACUUAAAAGUGUGCUUCAGCUUACUGACAGUUGAAUUAUUUUAGUUUGUCGCACACUUAAAUGAGGUACUUUGUAAGUUUUUAUUGCAAGUCAGCAUAGAUCUAGACUUUUACUGUCAAUUUUAUCAUGUGGCAAGUGUUAUGAAAAGUGUAAUUUAAUAAAUAUUAAAGACUGUUUGAAAAUAUGUUUGUCGUUGUUCUGAAAAAGGAAGUUAAAGUUAUAAAAGGCUAUCCUGCAUAGUAAUGUUUCUAAAUUGCUUAUCAGUUUUAAUAAAAAAAAUCUCUUUAAUCAAGAAAUGUGUGCCAAUAAAUAGUCUCCUUAACUUUCCAAGUUCUUUGCAGAAAAAGGGGGAUAUUAACUCCUAUUCACCUCCAAUCUCUCAAACAGCACUUUCUCCUUUUUUCCUUCUCGUCUUUGGCAUGUCUGCAAAAUGU